CCUCUCGCCGGUUGCAGCCUGCCCUCAAGAGCGUGCGGCGCGAGGUACUGAACGCCAGUACACCAAAACUGAUGUCGGAGAGCAAUUCAUCGACAAGCUGAACAACAGAACCGGAGAUCAGCGGGAUAGGAAGUUGGCACUCUUAUUGUGUUGGAAUGGAGCCAGCGUCAGACGCAUAGAUUCAGGUGGUCGUAUUGAGGCGUCUGUCAACAGUAAGCAGCACAGCAUCCAUGAAGGCUUUUGCAUAUUCACUUUGAUGUCACCAAUAUGCCAACAUCCUGUCGAAGACACGCCGUAAGCGGUUCUGUGAGAAGCAAUGGAACGCAGUGACAUGUUGACCAUGAUAAGAUAUCUCAGCGGAUUUUCUUUUCAAUCACACUAGACAGUAAAGAAGCCUAUUAUUUAGGAUUGAUGUCCCAUCCCAUGUGGCAGGGGCGGCCUCAACAUGCACCGUCCAAUCUGAGACAUCCAAUGUCAGCCUGGUCAUAGAGUUUCCGAUGCUGCCGCCACCUGUAAAGCCAACAAAGUAGAGAUGCCUUCUAAGGUCUCCUGUUUGUACUUGCUGACAGUGGUUUGCUGGGCCAGUGCUCUCUGGUACCUGAGCGUGACCCGCCCGUCCACUUCCUAUGUGGGCCAGCUGAACAUCCCGAUUCGCAAGGCACCCAAGAUGAGUAAGAACACCACCUUCGGUAACUACCGCACUCGGUCUCUGAAUCCGCAUGACUUUGACUACCUCAUCAACGAUGCCAAGAAAUGUGAGACGGAGACCCCUUUUCUCGUGAUCCUGAUAAGCACCACCCACAAGGAAUUUGAUGCACGGCAGGCCAUAAGAGAAACGUGGGGUGACGAAAGUACAUUUCCUGACGUGCGUGUGGUCACGCUCUUCUUGUUGGGUCGCAGCACGGACGCUGUCCUUAACCACAUGGUGGAGCAGGAGAGCCAGAUCUUCCACGACAUUGUCGUUGAGGAUUUUAUUGACUCUUACCACAACCUGACUCUCAAGACACUGAUGGGAAUGCGCUGGGUGGCCACCUUCUGCUCUAAAGCCCAAUAUGUUCUCAAAACAGACAGUGACAUCUUUGUCAAUAUGGAGAACCUCAUCUACAACCUCCUCAAACCCAGCACCAAGCCCAGGAGGAGAUAUUUCACAGGCUACGUCAUCAACGGCGGGCCAAUCAGAGACAUGCGGAGCAAGUGGUACAUGCCGAGAGACUUGUACCCAGACAGCAAGUACCCACCAUUCUGCUCCGGCACUGGCUACGUGUUCUCGGCAGAUGUAGCCGAGCUCAUCUACCAAACCUCACUACACACCAGGCUGCUACAUCUGGAGGACGUGUAUGUGGGAGUGUGUCUGCGUAAGCUGGGGAUCCACCCCUUCCAAAACAGCGGUUUCAACCACUGGAAAAUGGCUUACAGCCUCUGCCGCUAUCGCCGAGUGGUCACCGUUCAUCAGAUCUCCCCUGAAGAGAUGCACCGCAUUUGGAACGACAUGACCAGCAAGAAACAUCUUAAAUGUUAGCAGGACUCCUCCAGCCUCACUCUGUGAGUCAGGGAGCUAUUGAUUGACCUUCUAUCUAUCUAUCACUUCUCCAACAUCGGCAAACACUGUACAGCACAAAGCACUGCGCUGAAAGGAGAGUAUUGACAAACCAUUCAGGGCUUUGUCCAAAUACUGAUUGCUUUGCCGGGAGUUCCUUUAGCACAACGCCAAACAUGCCUGUCUGUAACCUCCAUUUUGUCAAGUGUUUUUAUGUGCAUCCAACCUUGCACACUCGCUUGUACGGAGGUGGUGGGCGUCAUGCCUUUGUUUUUAAUCACCAGGAGUAUUAACGGUGACCAGUGAUUGGAUCAAGACCAACACACGUCAUUCAAGUGACUGCGUUUGCCAUUUGCGUUGAACUCAAGUUCUACUGAAUGUAUGUGUAUCUUCUGCUGUACUAAAGCCAAGUUUCCACCAGGUUCCAUCAGUUCAUGGCAGGUUAUGUUGGUGUGUUAACCAGUUCACAGAUGGCAAUACCGUAUUUUCCGGACUAUAAGGCGCAACGGACUUUAAGGCGCAACUUCAGUGAAUGGCCCAUUUUAAAACCUUGUCCAUAUAUAAGGCGCACCGGACUAUAAGGCGGACCAUUAAUGCAAUCACAAUAUAAUAACUUGAAAUAGUGAAAACAAUAACAAUAUAUGAAUAAUAUUAAUAUCACACAACACAUUUGGCCCGCGAGCCGGAAGUUGGUCCAUAUCUAAGGCAUAUAUAUAGGUGUGCCUUGUAGCCCGGAAAAUACGAUACUUACGUAAACAUAUCAGUUAAAUUGACAAAAGGGUGCCAAAACAAUACCACUAUAAGGAUUAAUUAUUUUUGUACCUUUCGCAACUUUUGUGAAAAUUAAACUAAACCAAAAAAAAAAACUGCUUGGUGGAAAUGGGCUUUGGCAACGCAGCAGCAGGCCUUGUAUUUGGUACCACAAUAACUUUACGGUAAAAUGGUUAAAUAACUCCAUUUGGGGAAAAUAAUGUAUCAACAACCCAUUUGCCGAUGUAUGCUGUAUAAUAUUUAAGCAUAUUUUCUUAAAAAUCAACCUAUCUUUUUAUUGGUUGUCAUGGAGAAGAGAACUUGCUGCUUGUAUUAUUAGACGUGAAUAGUAUUUCUUUUGUUGUGUACUGUGCAGCUAUUUGUCUCAGGCAGUGCAGAGGAUUUGUGUGUAUGUUUACCUGAACAUGAAUGAAAGUCAUUGAACGUGGACUGAGAAACCUUACUGUUUUUAGAGUAAAUAAAACCGUUUUAUAAGAUU